ACCACUGAUUACAUAUUAAGUACUAGACGUACUAGUUGUAAUUUUAGUGUCUCUUAAGAAUGCUGUUGAUAUGAUACACUGAGCGAAAUUUACUGAAUAUCGAAAUUUCAUAUCUAUUUUCAUUCAUAUUGAGUGAAUCUGAUUUAGGGUGCAAAUAUGUCGUCUCCAUCGAAACAUCGCUCCAAAAAGCAAUCGAAAUUCAAGAGGUUAAUGCACAAAAGGCUUCCAAUUUCAAAAUGGCUCCCAGAGUACAACUCAAGUAAAGCCGUUGCAGAUUUGAUAGCCGGGAUCACAGUCGGACUGACAGUCAUUCCCCAGGCUUUAGCGUACGCCACGUUGGCCGGGCUAGAACCACAGUACGGUCUCUAUUCGUCAUUCGUGGGCUGCUUUAUAUACAUCAUAUUUGGAUCAUGCAAAGACAUCACCCUGGGCCCCACAGCUUUAUUGGCUCUCAUGACGCAUCAGCAGAUACUAGGAAGGAAUACAGACUACGCUAUACUGCUCUGUUUUUUAUCCGGAGUGGUGCAGUUGGCUAUGGGAAUAUUGCAUUUAGGCGUCCUCAUUGAUUUCAUAUCGGUGCCUGUAACCGUCGGUUUCACAUCAGCCACGUCUGUGAUAAUAGCCGUGUCGCAACUGAAAGGAUUACUCGGCCUACAGUUUGAGUCUGGUGGGUUUUUGGAUACUUUGAAGAAGGUUAUUACAAAUAUACCCAAAGCUAGAGUUGAGGACAGCACGCUGGGUAUUUCGUGCAUAGUCAUUCUGCUUUUAAUGAGAAAAAUAAAAGAUAUAAAUUUAUCACCCAGCAGAAAGGGCUUGAAGAAAACACUAUGGCUUCUGUCGACUUCCAGAAAUGCAGUCAUUGUUGUUCUGUGCUCCGUAGCGGCUUUUAUACUGAAACAAUAUCAAUUGACUCCGUUCAAGCUGACCGGAAAAGUUAAAGAAGGCCUUCCCUCGUUCAAGUUACCGCCGUUCAGCACGGAAUACGGCGGCAAAAAUGUCACCUUCAUAGAAAUGUGCUCCGAUCUCGGUUCUUCUAUAGUUUUAGUUCCUAUCAUAGCGGUACUGGGCAAUGUGGCUAUUGCUAAAGCUUUUGCCAGCGGAGACUCGAUAGACGCGACCCAAGAACUGAUAACCAUAUCGUUUGCGAAUAUUUUCGGUUCGUUUGUUGGCGCAAUGCCGAUAACGGGUUCAUUUUCGAGAAGUGCUGUGAACCACGCCAGCGGUGUAGCAACACAGUUCGGGAGUAUAUACACAGGUGCUUUGGUACUUCUCGCCUUAAGUCUGCUCACUCCAUACUUCUACUACAUACCAAAGGCCGCACUCGCGGCGGUCAUCAUUUGCGCUGUGAUAUUUAUGAUAGAAUACGAGGUAGUGAAACCGAUGUGGCGUUCUCGUCGGGCCGAUUUAGUGCCUGCGUUCGCGACGUUCGCCCUGUGUCUGGCCAUCGGGGUGGAGCUCGGGAUAUUGGCGGGCGUGGCCGUGAACGUGCUGCUGCUGCUGUACCCGAGCGCGAGGCCACAGCUGGACUCUGAAGUCAUAACGAAUGGAUCGGGCUUUUCGUAUUUAAUGGUGACCGUUGGGAAUAGUCUAUAUUUCCCCGGAGUUGAAUACAUCAGGCAGUACGUUGAGAGGGUUGCCAAGAAGCAGGGCGGGUGCAGUAUGCCCGUCGUUAUAGACUGCAGAUAUGUUCUCGGAGCGGAUUUCACGGCAGCUAAAGGAAUGUGUUCAUUGUCAAACUCUCUGUCGUCGCGCGGUCAGCCGUUGAUACUGCUUUCCCCGCGAGCCAGCGUCGCGUCGGUGUUCAGGAACGCGGGCUCCAGUGUGGUCGUCGUGCUCACUAAUUCUGAACUCGACACGACGCUACAAAACAUUACCGGCCAGAUACCUUUACUAGUGGUAAAUGGGCAGGAGAAACGCCAAACACCCCCGCCCAACUACGAGUCGUUAAGAGUCGACGAUGACGUCACAGAGAUAGUCAUAACCGACGAAAAAAAUACGACACCCCUUCUAAACAGAAACGGAAACAAACCGCGCAGCAACGAGGUCAAUAACACAUGACGUCAUAGUACUAAAUAUCACCAGUAGACUUAGUCAGUACAAUGUAAAGUUGCAUGUAAUUAAUUAAUUAUAACAGUUUGGUUUUUUCUAUUACGUUACGUAAACGAUGCGUUACCAGUAUAUAGUAAUAUUAAAAUUGAGGUGCUAUUUUUGUAUUAAUAUAAAAAAAUACUUAAUUAUUUUAACGUUUAACACAAUUAGGCAAAUUUCUCAUUUCUCACAUACAUCAAACGGCUCUCUAAAAAAAUUUUUUUGAUUGUUUAUUUCCUAAACCAGAUACUGAAUCGUAAAGGAUAUCUCGAAUUAUUUAUCGCAUUUAUAUUCUUAAAGUAUUAUAUUUGAAGCGAAUUAAUAAGUAAGUAUGCACGUGUAUGUUACGUCAUCGACUCAUUGGUGAGCAUUCUUUUAAUGCAACUAAAGGCAGCCAAGCAUACCGCCCACCUAAUAGUAGUGGGAGGACUUCAGUGUGCUCUGUGCGAGUUUUUUAACGUUCUCGAUAGCGUAAAAGUUAACUCAUAUUUGUAUGGAGUUGAACUUUUGCCUACGUUUGCCGCUAGGGGCGCUGUUCCUAGU